GAAGACUAAAAACAAGGCGGAAGUGCAAUAUUUGUUUUACCUGUCAACACUUGAAGAAAAGGGACGGAAGUUUGCUAUCAGAGAGGAAUACCAUGAUUAGUACUCACUUUUGACCGGGCUUUCGUAAGUGAGUGUGAUCAUUGACUCACCACCAUUGCCUGAGUUGCCGGUCUGGUUUCAUUCCAGCCCAGGGCGGCCUCGUCCAUAACAACCUCCAUCUCUGGGAAUGGCAAGCCGCAGCAGAGGAGCAACCAGGCCGAGCAGCACCGCAGCAGCAGCAAACAAAAACUUGCAGUUCAAGCUGGUGCUGCUGGGGGAGUCGGCGGUGGGCAAGUCAAGCUUGGUGCUGCGCUUUGUCAAAGGCCAGUUCCAUGAAUACCAGGAGAGUACCAUAGGAGCUGCAUUCCAGUCUAAGACUGUCAGCCUGGGCGACGUCACCAUCAAGCUUGACAUCUGGGACACGGCAGGUCAAGAGCGCUACCACAGCUUGGCCCCCAUGUAUUACAGAGGAGCUCAGACGGCCAUCGUGGUUUAUGACAUCACCAGCACGGAGACGUUUGAACGUGCUAAGAACUGGGUGAAGGAGCUGCAUAGACAAGCCAACCCCAACAUCGUGAUCGCUCUGGCUGGCAACAAGGCAGACAUGAUGGACAAGAGAGCGGUGGAGCACCAGGAGGGGCAAGAAUACGCUGAGGAAAAUGGACUUCUCUUUAUGGAGACCUCCGCCAAGACUGGCCUCAAUGUCAAUGACAUUUUUAUGGCCAUUGCUAACAAGCUACCAAAGAAUGACCCUCAGGUCGGAGCUGGCCAAGCAGGUCGCAGCAGGACGGGAGUGGAUCUGCACGACACCAGCCCUCAGAACCGCAGCAGGUGUUGCAGUGCUUUUGUUGGUGGCAGCAGCAGUUAGACACAACGAGAAGUGAGUGAGGCAUUCACAAGGAGGCUAACGUGUAGUGAAAAGUGAAAAGACAGUAGGGUGGUGGGGGCAGGCCAGGCAGAGCUCCUUCGCCUCCCAACACCAACCCCCCGCUCUUAAAAAUGAGAUUAUCUGAAUAUUCUCUCAAAAGGAGGAUUAAAAAAAAAAAAAUCACAAGCGAUGUGGUGUGGGAUAAUCCCUUUUGACUCUUCUGAUUUGCCUCCUUGCAUCCGCAUUACUUCCUUUUUCACAAGGCUGAUUUUUUUUUUCAUUUUAUUUUAUUUUUUUAGGUGGAUGAUUGUUUUUUUCCCUCUUUUUGUGUGGGGUAUAUUGUGUGUAUAUUAUGUAUGUUUAUGUGUAUAUAAAACAGUAUUUAUAUUUAUAUAUAUACACAAUAAUAUGUACUGUGCAUAUACACACUCAUAUAAAAAAAAUAAAUCUUUUAAUGUAAUUACAUCUUGCCACCUCCAUUCAAUGUAAAUAAAUCAAGUUAAAUCAACCUGUCUUGAUAGU